AUGGAUGAACGAAGAGGCUCUGUCGCUUCGGAAGAUACUUUCGUUGAUCUUCAACAACUAGAUCCUUCACCUAUUGAUUCCCCGCCUGACUGGGAUGAAAAACUACCUCAAUUGCCUUCCCAUGCCUCGUUUGGGAGGUCCUCAACCUUGGGACUUAGUGGUUCCGGUCAUGGUGCUGUAUAUUACCUCACACGUAUUCAACGUUACUCUUCCUAUGCUUUCUCGGUUUUUAGCGCUAUGCAUAUCACGAAUACCUCUUUGAUACCCCUGAUUACCCGUUCCGUAUCUGCUUCUGAAAAGUAUCUGCUCCUCACUCGCCCAUACUAUCAAUCUCUCCCUCUGGAGCCCCUUAUCAUUGGUAUUCCCCUCGCUGCCCAUAUAACUUCUGGUAUCGCGUUACGCCUCUACCGCCGCCGCGUUACUGAAAGACGUUACUCCUCGUAUCAACCCACCAGUUUUCUUUCAUAUUUCUCCUUCUUCUCGCCGAAGUUCUGGCCCCCAGUCUCAUACACCUCUAUUUCAGGCUACAUUCUCACCCCCAUUGUGGCUUCUCACAUAUUUGUUAACCGAGUCAUCCCCUUAAUCCACGAGGGAGGAUCAUCUAGUGUUGGUUUAGGUUAUGUUUCCCAUGGCUUUGCCCUACAUCCUACGAUUUCGUGGACGACAUAUGUAGCUUUAGUAGGUAUUGGUGCGAGUCACAUGGUCUGGGGAGCUGCAAAGUGGUUAGGACUACUACCCAGAGGUACUGAGAAGGAAAGGGGAAGGAUAUGGUGGGGUCUCAAUGGUAUUGUUGGCUUCGUGGGCGCUGUCUGGUUUGCCGGUGGAUUAGGCGUUAUUGCGCGAGGCGGCGCGGAAACAGGAUGGGUUGGUUCCGGCGAGGUGUUUGGUUUGAGCGUUGAGGGUGAUAUUGAACGGGCAGGUAAAUGA